AUGACCAUGCAACCCAAAAAGAUAUGCUUUGAGAUUUCUAAAGAAAAGUCCUUACAACUCUUUGAAUAUCUAAAAUUCUACAAAAAUGUUCAAGAUUUAACAGAGGUUUUGAGAUUGUAUUUUUCUUUAGAAUCUUCAUAUCACGUCUCGAAUAACGGAGUUCAAUAUUUGUACAUUCGAGGAACCAAUGAUGAGUCACCAUUUUAUUCUCAUGCGUCCAACGAAUGCUUUAAUGGAGUAAUUCUUGCUGGACAUUCAGAAUUAAUGAAUUUCAAACCUUUAUGCUUACCAUUGCGAAGAGUCAUUCCAUCUGAUAACCAUUAUUGCUAUCACUUGAAGAGUAGCGAAGGAUGUUAUUUAUGGUGCAUUGAUAGCAAUGUACCACAAGAAACUUUAAUUCUUAUUCAUUUAUUCUACAAUCCAUAUGAAUCAAAAUGGCAAAUUUGCAGCAAUAUGACCUGCGACGCUAACGAAACUAUUUAUUGUGGCGAAAAGGAACAACAUUCAUUGAAUGACUUGUUUUGGAAAGAAUUUGAACAGAAAGGGUUCAGAUUUCCGAGUCAAAAAGACAUUACUCUUACAUUUGAAUGCUCACCUAAUUAUUCUAGAAGACGCAACAAGAAUUUACGUGUUGAAGAUAAUUCCAUACAUUUCUUUCUCAUCUCCAUUACUGAAUCGCACUCCCAAUGCUUUGUAGACCUAACAUCAUUUAUUGACGAGUGUGGAUUUCAAACUAAAAUCUCAUUCGAACCAAAGGUGAAAACUCUUGCUCACCUGAAAACAUUUGCGAUCAAGUACAAUUCAGUAUUUUUCAAGGAGAUUGUCAUGUACGGUACGAAGGAUGGGCCAAUAGUGUAUUCAUUGCCUCAACAUGCACUACUGACAACUGUUAAUGCAAAAAACUGCAGUGAAGGUGUCACAGUCGAGAGUAUCAUUUUAGACCUCAUACGAACUUCAGACGAAAAGACAAUUAAGCGUAUCAUAAACUAUGUGGAAAAUGUCAUGUAUGUUGACAUGCUUCUCCUAGAUACAUUGCAAAAUAAUUGUGAAAGUUUAAGGAAAAUUUUGGUAACAGCUCUUGCUGUGCAGAGUUCGAGCACUGCACUGAUGAGAGUCUAA